AUGACUCUCUUAUUGAUUGCGCCCAAUCUAACUACUAGCUCGAUUUUGUCCAUCUCGUCUGGCGCUUUCCGACGGCCGCUACAGUUAUACUCUUCGCCUAUUACAUUCGCAAGCAAGACUUCUUCUCUAUUGUCAAUCACACAUGCUAACCGCUUCUACUUUGACCCUUUCAUUAUUCCUAUUUCGAUCCUUCAUCCUUCCAAAGGACAUAGUGGCCAUCUCACAUCUGUGGAAGGAUUCCGCCCCAGCUCGGCCUAG